AUGGGUCGCGAUGCUUCGCAACCCAACGGUCGCGAUGCUUCGCCGGGUGGCGAGGUGGACAUCGAGGAGACCGAAGACCGAGCGCGCGCAGCUCAAAGCCGCAGGCCGAAGAGGUGCGAUGCGAUCAGUGCUCGAAGUGUGGGAUGCUACCUGGUCAGUUUCUGUGCCACGCUCUAUUUGGCGGGCAUUCAGACCGAAGUGAGCGUUCUCAAUGGAGUUCCUGGUCCACCUAUUCCACCUACAAAUGUGGAUUCAGGAGCAGACACGCCGCAGCAGACGCCUCCGCCUUUGCAGCUUGAGUCUCCGGCCCCCGAGUCUCCGGCACGUUCGGAGAUGUCUCCAGAGAGACUUGAAGCCAGAGAAGUCAAAACUACCGAAACUCAGGCCACCGAAGGCCCAGCUGCAAGUGUGGAGAUGAAAUCCAUGGAUUCGCAAGCUGAAGCUACAGAUUUGCAAACAUUGACAACUUCGUCACCGUCCUCAGAGAUUGGCUAUUUGCUGCCCAGAUCUGGUGGAUGCCCCAAAGGUGCACAGCAGGUGGAUAAUUUCGAAGAAUGCCUAGCGGCAGCUGAGUACUUGAAAAAGAAGAUGAUGUCAAAAACACCCUUUAAUGCACACACGGAUCCUCCGGGUUGCAUCUAUCGGGCCACAGAUCGAGAUAUUUUCUUCAACUCGAGGGAGAAAGGUGGCGAAGUUGUCUUCAGCUCUGAGAGGAAGCCCGUUUGCAAAGGGAAGGUCGACAGCGUUGGUGCAUCUGGGAAACUUCUCAAGCCAGUAGCAGCUUGGGACCAGGCGCCUGAGGACGUGCGAGAAGAGGCCGCCAAGAUCCGUCUUUUCUGCUUUGCCUGGACGCCAUUCCGUGGUGGGGAUGAGGCUGUCCUAUCGGAGGUGACAAAGCAGUACAGCAAGUGCGACGGACACGCAUUUUUCAGUGAUCGCCAUCCACAUGGGGAAGAAAGAAAUGAUGUGAUCAUUGUAAAAGUGCCGGAACAACGUGUGUCCAGAAGUGAUGGGAUGUGGCUGUAUCAUCGCAACAUGGUCGGCCUGAUGCCCAGCUGGGAUCACAUGCUGCGGACCGGAUUGAUUGACGACUACGAUUGGGUCAUCAACUCGGAGUUGGAUCAUUUCAUGAGUCCAAGCCGAUGCCGGCUGGCCAUUGUAAGCUACUUGCGUACUCUCCGAAAGGGGAUGUCUCCAGAGCAACAUAGCGUCAAUGGUCCACUGAUGCUCAUGUGGGGCAAUGCUUUUGUCUUCAACAAGAAGAUGAUUCACCUGAUGCGCGAGCAGUGGAAGUCUUUGGGUACAACGGAGAGCGCCAAAUCUGUCGCGGUGGGAUGCCCACAAUUCAUGCGCGGAAGACAGGAGUGGCCUGACCACUGUUCCCAGGACAUUGUGUAUCCCAAUCUGGUGAGUGGCGUGAUGCGGGGCGGUGUUGUGGCCUAUGGACGCGCGGGCUGUGGCCAAGCGGAUGCAACCACUCGGAACAACAUACCGUUUCAGCUGGGCUGCUGGGAGAUGCAACACAAUCCCUAUGGCAUGUCUGAGGAAGGUGAAAUCGAAGCGAUCACUGAGUUUGCUCACAUUCAGAAGCUCAAGGAUCUCAAUGACGCGGUGAAGCGCUACGCUUCAACAGACCAGGCCGAAAAUCACAAGCUUUGGUACUCAGCCAAGAAUGUGCCGGUGAUCCAUCACAUCGUUAGUGCUGAAGUGCAUCGGAUAGCUCGUGAGCUGCUGGAUCCGGAGCCUGAAAAAGUCUUCAGUUGGACGUUCGACACCGCAUUGUUUCGCCUGUGA